GGGAUCGCGGAUAGGGUGGGUCUCCAAUUCGCAGCAACCUCCACGCGGUGAGACCUGGGAAAUCAUUAUUAUUUACUAUACUAUUCAUAAUCGUAUCUGUGAUACAAUUAUAAAUUUUAUAGCAAAUAAUAUGAGCCGAUUGGCUGCGCACGCGUUUAUUUUAUGUACUUAUUGAGAUUUAUUAAGUUACAAAUAAGAUCUUCGUGUUGACUUUUAAAAAUCAUGGGAUAUCGUGUAUUAGUUAUUAAAUCAAUUUAUGUAUUUUAUCAAUUUAAUUUUGAAUAAUUGUGAUUUCUUUCUAAUAUUUUUUCUGUAAUUUAUUUGAAAUAUAUUAAGCAAUAUCUUUUAUAAAUGUUUUUCUUUUUUUUCUAGAAUUUAAUUAUUUCUUGCUUGUUCUUUAAUAAGUUCUGCAUAUUUCUCUGGAUAUUCCACGAUUUAUAAACUUUAAAGUAAUCUGUAAGAAACAUUCUUUCAAAUAUGACAAUUUUUGAUUUAGAAUUUAUUUAAUUCUAUUGGUUUUUCUUUUUUGUUGUAUUGUAAAGUGUUCUGAUUUCUUUAACUCUUUAUAUAGCGAGUCAGAAAACUCGAUUAAAUCUUUUUUUAUAUUUGUGUUAAACCGCUUAUUUCCAUAAAUUUUUCAUGAAUUUUAUAUUACGUUAAUUUGAAUGUUUUCACAUAUUCAUUUGCUUCUAUUUUAAAUUUUAUCAGCGCAGAAUUUUCUCUUAGCUGCAUAUUUGGCAAUACUGAAAUUCCGCGCAACAGCAAUCUUUGUUCUAUUUUAGUUUUUGUUUGGUCUUGCUUAAAUUUGACUGUGAUGUAGAAUUCUCUUGUGUAAUUAUUUGAAUAUAUUCGCUGCAACAGUGGAUACACUUUCAAUAUCAGUUGCAUAAAAAGAAUUUGUAAUAAUGUUUGAAUGGGCAUAUGAUGGUGUUAAUGCCUCUAUACCACGUAAUGUAGGACCAGAAUGUGCAUAUUAUUUAAGUUUAAAACAAAGAAUUAUUGAAACAUUAUUUAUAUCAAUAUUCAUAAUAAGUUUUCUAGUAUGGGGUUACAAAAGAAUCAAAUUACCAUCUAAAGUAUCAUAUGUAAAUCAAGAUUGUGUUGGUAGAAGGAUUUUAUUAAUCAUUAUGUCAUUAGUAUUAGGAAUGGAAAUUGGAUUUAAGUUUACCAGUAGAACAGUUAUAUAUAUAUUGAAUCCUUGUCAUAUAACAUCAGCAGUACAGUUAUAUUUAUUGGCAGCAAAUCCUAGUCCUACGGUCACAGCUAUCUUUAGGAUACAUUUAAACUUCUUAAAUGGACCACUUUUAGCAUAUUUAUUUCCAGAAACAGAAUCUCGCAGAAUAUUUGCAGAUAAAGCAUUAUACUACAUUCAACAUGGUUUAAUGGUGGUAAUACCAUAUUAUCUGUUGAGAAUUGGAGGUGUUUAUAAUAUCGAACCUCUAUCAGACAUGAGUUGGUGUAUAUUUAGUUAUGGAAUAAAUUUAGCUUAUCAUUUUUGGAUUAUCCAACCUAUUGCAUUGCCCACACAAGUAAAUCUUAGUCAUAUGUUAUGUGCUGCUAUUUUAGACCCAUUUGAAGGACAAAAUUAUCGAAUGUGGACAUUUAUUCAUCAAGGAUUACUAUGUCCAUUAUUAUGUAAGCUAUUUUGCUAUAUAUCUGAAUUUUUCUUAACAAAGUUUUCAUUGACUAAAGUAAAACCAUCGCUUGAAUGUGUAUUUCCAACAAAAAACAAUUGUGAUGAUAAUGAGAAAUUAUAUGAAGAUACCUCAGGGAAUGGACAUACGCAUGUAAACUAGAAUAAUAUUUCGUAAUACUGAUGAAUUAUUAUAUGAAUAUUAUUCUGCUGCAAUUCAAUUUGAUU